GAUUUACAUAUACACCAUAGGUUACCGUGAUUCUAUUGUAUCAACUUUAAUACUAAUGAAGGAGACACAUCAAAAUCAAAAUAUUACAAAUGUUGUGGUUUUAUUUAGAUAAAAUAGAAAAUGGAGGUGACUUAAUAGCUAUAAAUUUGGUGAAAUUGAGGGUUUUGUUUUUUGUUUGACUGAAAAGCAGACAAGGUGAAGAACAACUCAGAUCUCAAUUCCUUCAAAGUUUUCAACUUUCAAUCAAUUUCUCCAAUCUCAUUCUCUCACAAUGCCUCUUCUUCCUUCUUUCCACAAGCUCAUUUUUCCAACAACCCUUCAAUCUAAGCAAUUGAGGAUUCCGGAUAAUUUUCUGAGGAAACAUGGGGACCAACUUUCGACUGUCGCAACCCUCACUAUUCCUGGCGGCUCCGUCUGGCGUCUAGGAUUGAAAAAGGUUGACAACAGUAUUUGUUUUGUGGAUGGCUGGCAAGAUUUUGUUCAACGCUACUCAAUUGGCAUUGGAUACUUACUGGUAUUCAUAUACGAAGGAAGGUCAAAUUUCAUCAUUCAUAUCUUCCGUACUGCUGAGUUAAACUAUGAUUCAACAAUGAAAAGCCGGACUGAAGGGCCUUUCUAUGAAGCCUAUAAUUAUGUUUUUGAAGGCAUUGAAGAUAUCGACUCCUUUGAUUUCCUGGAUUCAGCACCUUCAAACCCUACUGGUGCAUUGCAAGGCAAGGAUUCUACUGGAUGUAUGGAUCAACUGAUACCAGCGGAUAAUCAUAUCCAAAAAAGACAAGAAAAUAAGGAUACCAAGAAAACUUCAAGAAAGAAGCGGGGAUCGCGGAAAUCAGAUCCGAGCGCACAGGAAGCCUCCACUGAAAAUGAUGAGGAGGCAGAGCGCAAGCGAGACACCAAGAAAACUUCAAGAAAGAAGUGGAAAUCGCGGAAAUCAGAUCUGAGUGCACAGGAAGCCUCCACUGAAAAUGACGAGGAGGCAGAGCGCAAGCGAGACACCAAGAAAACUUCAAGAAAGAAGCGGAAAUCAGAUCUAAGUGCACAGGAAGCCUCCACUGAAAAUGAUGAGGAGGCAGAGCGCAAGCGAGACACCAAGAAAACUUCAAGAAAGAAGCGGAAAUCAGAUCUGAGUGCACAGGAAGCCUCCACUGAAAAUGUAGCCUAUGAAAGUGCGUCUGCAAGAGUAAGACACAAUGUGUCAGAUGAAGAAAGAGAAAGGGCAAUGAAUGAGGCUAAUGCAUUUGAACCAACUAAUCCUUACUGUCGUGUUAGUCUGCGACCCUCCUAUUUAUAUAGGGGAUGCAUAAUGUAUUUGCCUACCAAAUUUCGAGCAAAUUUGAAGGGUGUUUCAGGUUUUAUACCGCUUCAGACAUCUGAUGGUGAGAAACAGUGGCGUGUUCGCUGCCUUGAUAAUGAAGGCCGGAUAAAGUUAAGCCAAGGAUGGUACGAAUUUACACAAGAGAACGGUUUAGGGGAAGGGGAUAUCUGUGUCUUUGAACUGCUUAAUACCAGAUAUGUAGUGUUGCAAGUUACUUUGUUUCGUUUAAAAGAGGAUGAACCCUCACUUGCAGCACCGCGUUAGCUCAACCUAAAAAUUAGCUGGGAGAGUUAACUCCUGAUAGACAAUUACAAAACUGUGUUGAUUAGCUCUUACUUCUGAGUGAUCCUGGUAUUCUCUAGUUUAUUCAGUUUGGAACUUUGAUACUUUCUGUCCAUAGGCCUUUUAACUUAGUUAUGGUAGUUGUGAAUCUUUUGAUAUGGAUAUUUUGUUUUGGCUUGGAUCCUCUGAAGCAUGAGUACUCGUAAAAAUGUGAAGUACCCGUACCGGGUACUUACCCAUACUGGGUACGCGUACGGUACUUGUGGUACUCCAUUUUUGCUAAUUAUUCUAUGGUGAGUGAAAAUUGUAGCUUUCUCUUAUAUAUGCAUAUGAUAAUGUAGUAUUAUAUGUGCAUGAGUUUUUUUGUUGUUAUAACCAACUUUAAUUUUCGACUUUUUAAACUUUUAUCGUGAUGUUUUUGAUGUAAAUAGAAGAAUUUAGCCCUCUCAUGUUAUAUUAUAUAACAUCGUGAUUGAUUUUACUGACGUACCCGUACCUUAAUUUUUAAAAAAUUGCCGUAAUCUUGUACCGGUACCCAUACCUAUGCAACAUAGCUUGGAUUGUAAAUAGACUGUGCUAUCUACUCAAUCAUAAACUGAGUUGAAACGCUUGUCCUAGUGCCGUAUCUUGGGAUUAACUCUUUUUUUUUUUUUUUUUUUUGGUUUUGAAGUUUUUAGCUUCAUCUGCAUGAAUAUAGUGAUUCAGUUAUUGCGUGUUGUUUAUGUGACUGCUGUUGAUGAGUUUUUAUACCUUCUCCUUUGACUUUUAUCUAUUUAUGAUGUUGUUUGGAUUUAUGGUAUGAUAUGGAUACAAAGCAACAUUGAUGAUAGCUUUUAUUCAUUGUUUUUCAUAUAUCAUAUCUAUAAUACCAUUCUUAAAAAAAGGUCCAGUUUAUGUGAUAUUGUAGUCACAGACAAGAAACUUUUCAUUUUGGGAUCCAAGUGCAGGAUUUAAAAAAAUAAUGUGCAUCUGGAUUUCAUUGGACUUCUUUGUAUGAUUGAUGUUACAAAUAUGAAAAAGGGACCUCUUUUAGGCAGUGAUUUUAUUUUUGAUAGAUUGGGCUCGGUUUUUCAGUGCUCAUUUAUAGAAUACCUUUCAUGUUUUUUGGACAUGUGUAUCUAAAUUGUAUAAAUUAUUCGAAAGUAUGCACCUGGAUUGUACAGAUUUAUAGUUUUUCUCGGACUCAUAUUCGGACUGAUGUUGGGUUAUGAAUGCGUCUUAAGUUUUUUGAAUGUGCAUGUGAAGUUUGUUAUCUUCAUGAAGGUUGUCUAUUAUAAGCUGUGAAAUUUGUGUGCAAGAGUUUUAUUUUCGAGCAGUUGUACUUUAUUCUAGUGUUAGUAAAUUGUUGUGAAUUUCAUAUAUAUAUGAUUAAGUUGAAUAUGUAUUGGAUGAAUUGGCGGGUACUAGAUAGAUGAAAAUCAAAUAAAAUAUAGACAAGUUGCUCUUUUGUCUGAAUUACAUAUGUUAUACUGUUAUGUUGUCUGAAUAUUCUGGCAGUUAGAUAUAUAUGAAAUGAAGAAUGGUUUAAUGUGGAAAAUGUAAACACGUUAAAUUGUAUUAGGUUCAUUAAUUGAAUAAAAAAUGUAAGUAGUUAUGGGCAAAUGACUCAAGUUGCAUAUAUAUAGAAAAUGAAUGUCAAUAUCUUGUGCAAGUUUUUUUUUUUUCGACAAAAGUUUCUUGUGCAUGAUGGUUGUCUGAUCAUUGUGGUUUAAUUUUUUUAGUUUCACUACCUAAUUAGGCUGUAGUAGCUAACCAAAAGAUACUUCUUGUUAUUUAUAUUUAUCUUGUUAAGACACACGAAAUAUUUUCACCGGAAUAUUGUUAAGACUCUAAAGAGUCUUAACAAGAAGAUUUUUUACGAAAUAACAACAAAAUAUUUUCACCGGAAUAUUGUUUGCCAACUCAGAUUGAUUUUUUCAUGCAAAUUAGGAAUAUGAGACACUAUGUUUAACUGGAUGCAACGUCGACCAGUUUUUACACACUAUUCUUGAUGAAAUUAAUUAAUAUAGUUAUCAUAUUUGUACUGUAGUGUUCAUAAAUUUUCUGUGUUACUAAAUGGUUAUUGACUUCUAUUGCUUUAAACUGCAUUUGAUUAGUAUUUUGUCAUUAUGUUAUCUUCUAUGUUUUUGUGAAUCAGCCAAAAUUACUGGUUAAUUUUUAAUCAGCUUGCCACUAUCUGUUUCACAUGAAAUAACUACCUGCUUAUUUGGCUUGUAACUACUUGGUAUUAUUUUCAUUUUUGGCUUGAGCUCAUAAAUGCUUGAAUUUCUGACUUGUUUUUUCGAAAUACUUUUCCCUAAUAAAAUCUUGCAUUAAAAUUUCUUUACCUGUUCUAUUUAUCUUUGUUUUUUAUUGCAUCCAAAAAAGACCAGAUUGCAUUUUUCUGUUUUGUCACAAGUUGCAGUUGAUGGGAGUAAAGUCAUGCUCAAAAUAUCUUUACAUAAAUUAAAAAUUACAUCCUUAGUCAUGUGGAUGUACCCUCACAGACAAAGUAGAAAACCAAAAUAAUUGCCAAUGGCUUAUCCUUAUGCUUCAUAUUGUCUACUUUAUCUUGCAGAUCCUCUGGGUUGGUGGCACUUUAAGAGUUAGGACUCCUCGGGUGUUUAUUGGUGGCAGUGUAAUUGAUCAUAAGCCUUUAAGAGUUCAGACUCCUCGGGUGUUCAUUGGUGGCGGUGUAAUUGAUCACAAGCCUUUACAAACCAUAGGUGAAUCUGAUGGAACAGCCUCAAAUCACAAUUAGAGGAACAACUAGAAGCCGCUCGCAGAGCAGGUGAUGCGAAGAAACUACUCUUUGAGGAUUCCAGAUGAUUUUCUGAGGAAAUAUGGGGCCCAGCUUUCGACCAUCACAACCCUCACUGUUCCUGAUGGCACCGUCUGGCAUCUAAGAUUGAAAAAGGUCGACAACCAAAUUUGUUUUGUUGAUGGCUGGCAAGAUUUUGUUCAACGUUACUCCAUUGGCAUUGGAUAAUUUCUAGUAUUCACAUGUGAAGGGAAUUUAAAUUUCAUUGUUCAUAUGUUUAAUAUAAGUACUGCUGAGUUAAACUAUCAAUCAGCCAUGAGAAGCCAUACCGAAGGACCUUGCCAUUGAAGAUAUCCACUCCUUUAAUUCCUGGAUUCGUCACCUUCAAUUUUUAUUUUUAUUUUGAAAGGUGUCACCUUCAAACCUUACUCCUGGUGCAUUGCAAGAAUAGGUUUUUACUGGACCUAUGGAUCAACUGACACCAGUGAAGAAUCACAUCCAACUCAGACGCGAAAACAAUGAUACCAAGAAAACUUCAAGAAAGAAGCGAAAGUCAUCUCGAGUAAGCUCUUUUAGCUAAGUUUACUUUCUAUAGUACUAUGUCGCACCAACAUAUCAGAUUGAUAGCCUGCCCAGUGGCUGACACACAUCAAUGUCCAAUAUUGGAGAUAUAGAUUAGUGGCAUAUUAGUUCUAGUAAAUAGUAGUAUAAAUAGCUAGUAACCACCCCAUUAGUGGGUAACUAUCUCAUUUGUAAUAAUAUCCUUCUCAUCAAUACAAUAGUUUCAUAGCUUUUCUCUCAUUCCUUU